AUGCCAAGCACUCGCUCUAGAGGCGAAAGAUUGGUGCAACUAGUUAGCGAACCCGAACGUCUUUUAAGACGUAGAAAUUUAGAAAAUCAAUUAGAGAUUCCUCUUCCCGAUUUAGUUAUGGCUGAAGUCCCACAAGAACGACCACUAAGGUCCUACGCUACUCCUUCGCAAGAAGAACCGCACAAUAGCAUCGCUGCCCCCGCUAUUGAAGCAAAUAACUUUGAGCUUAAACCUUCGCUGUUGUCGGCCGUACAACAAAACCAAUUCUCCGGAAACCCCACGGACGACCCCAAUUUACAUUUGUCCAUAUUCUUGCAAUACGCAGAUACCGUGAAGGCAAAUGGUGUCAGUCCCGAAGCUAUAAGACUUCGUUUAUUCCCUUUCUUGUUAAGAGAUAGAGCUAGAGCUUGGCUCCAGUCCCUACCAUCUAACUCAGUCACCUCAUGGGAUGAGUUAAAGAAAGUCUUUUUAGCCAGAUAUUUCCCACCCAGCAAAACUGCUAUGUUAAGAGCGCAAAUUAAUGGAUUUAAAAAAAAAGACAACGAGUCUCUUUUCGAAGCAUGGGAAAGAUACAAAGACAUGAUUAGGCUAUGCCCAUAUCAUGGACUCGAAAAUUGGCUAAUUAUCCACACCUUUUACAAUGGUCUCUUGUACAACACAAGAUUGACCAUAGACGCCGCAGCUGGUGGCGCACUUAUGGAUAAACCAUACAACCAAGCCUAUCAGCUUAUCGAGAGCAUGGCUCAGAACCAUUAUCAGUGGGGAAACGAGAGAACAUCCGUAGAGAAACCUCAAACGAAAGGCGGUAUGUACGAAGUAAACGAGCUUGACCUUGUUAAAGCCAAAUUUGAAGCUCUAACUCAAAAGAUGGAGAGUAUGACCACAACACCUGCAGCCACCGUGGCUGCAACAAUUACAAACUGCGAACUGUGUGGAAUUCAAGGGCACACUAUCGCUGAAUGUCAACUCUUGAUGGAAGUUCCCCCAGACCAAGUGAACUAUACUCAAGGAAACCCUUACAACCAAGGUUCGAGGAACCACCCAUACCUUUCGUACAAAAGUAACAACGCUCUAUAUGCACCCGCCCAAGCACCUGCUCAAGCACCACCAGGUUUCCAAAAUACUACAUACCCUGCUCCUAGGAAGUCUAACCUUGAACUAUUAAUGGAAAACUUUAUAACUACCCAAGCUCAAACCAACCUUCAAACUAGUGAGCAAAUUAAGCAAAUAACAAGCAAGUUAGAUGUCUUGACCACUCAUAAUAAGAUGUUAGAGACACAAAUCGCACAAGUGGCACAACAACAAGCAUCUACCUCUGCUCCUACAGGCAUAUUUCCUGGCCAGCCUCAGCCAAACCCUAGGGGACAUGUGAAUGCUGUUAUAUUACGAAGUGGGACACAAUAUGAUGGACCAGCUGAUCCUAGAACUAAAUAUCCUGCCAUGCAACCCAAUUUCGAUAAGACAACCGAGAAGGAGAGUGAACCAAAAGAAAAGCAGGAUAGUGGAGAGGAAACCAAAGAGAAAGAGAAACCUUACGUUCCUCCCCCACCAUAUAAACCACCCAUCCCAUAUCCUCAAAGAUUAGUACAAUCCAAAAAUGUAGGGCAAUUUAAGAAAUUUGUAGAGCUUCUACAAAAACUAAACAUCACAAUACCUUUUACGGAAGCUAUCACACAAAUGCCCUCAUAUGCUAAGUUCCUUAAAGAUAUCUUGACUAAUAAGAAAAAGAUCAAGGAUGAUGAGACCGUCAUGCUCACCUUAGGAGAAUUGAGACCAACUAAAAUGUCAAUACAAUUCGCUGACCGUUCUGUCAAAUACCCCUUAGGUAUACUAGAAAACGUGCCAGUACGUAUAGGUCAAUUCUUUAUCCCAACUGAUUUUAUAGUCAUGGACAUUAGGGAAGAUUCCAAUGCACCCAUAAUCUUAGGAAGGCCAUUCUUAGCAACCGCCGGUGCCAUAAUAGAUGUGAAAAAAGGAAAGCUCACCUUUGAAGUAGGUGAAGAAAAAGUUGAAUUUAUCUUAACACAAUUCAUGAACGCAUCGGCCAUUGAAGAUAGUUGCUAUAUGUUAGACGUCGUCAAAGAAUGUAGAAAAGAGAUGGAGAAAGAUAAAACCAAAAAUUCUGAAAUUCUAAAAACUCUCAUCCCUCCGACUCAUAAAAAUGGUAAUGACGACCUAGCUAAAUGUUUAAAGAAAAGCUCUUGCUAUAGACUCGACAUAGCUGAAACAAAUGUCGAUAACACACCCUUUAAACGAGUACCUCCCGACAUACUAAAAGCCCACCCAGAAAGUAAUAUCUUCCAAAAUAAAACAUCUCUGUUUGCCUCCAAGAAAAAGAAAAGAAAAAGGAAAACACCUAUGAGAUGGUUUGACAUGUUCAAAUGGAGACCUAAGGAUGUUGGGCAUAAUUUUAAGAACGUGAGUUUGGAAGAGGCACCAUACUAA